UAACUUGAUUUGAAUAUAGUGCUUCUCGAAUCCAAAAAGUCGAUUAGAGUGAAGUCAAUAGUAUAUUGAGAUAGUGCAGUCCUGUGCUUCGCUAGUAGUUUCAUCAGACAUUCUUCAAAAUGGGUUUGGAUUUUGGAAAUUUGUACAAAUUAAGAGGGAUCGUUUAUUUCCGUCUCAGUCCUCACGAACAGAAGGCUUUUAAGGGUGUGAUAUCUGAGGGUAUUCCAAAUAUCAUCAGACGUUUCCGAAGCAGUGUAUUCUAUUAUGCACCAACAUUAGGCCUUAACUAUAUGAUAUACUUAUGGGCCAAAGAGUUGGAUCAUAAACUAAGCCGUAAAAAUCCUGACCUGUACAAGGAUGACGUUUAAAUUACUUAUAAGUUAAAUUCAAAUUGAUAAGUAGUAUAAAUUCUCAUCAAAGUUGUUAUAAUUUGUACAAUGAUUAGAUGAAAGUUCCAUGAGCGUAUAGUUCAAUAAAUUAACUAAUUCUUAUUUAAAUUGUGAAUAUAAAUCCAUUAUCAUGUUA